AUGGAGGAGUUGGCACGAGAGAGUAUUCGCAGCAUUAGUGUACUGACGAAAUCUUCACGCGGGUCAGAUGCCCCUCGCCUCGGCUCCUUUGGAGCCAUUUUCAUCAUGCUAAAAUCUGCGCUGGGCGCCGGACUGCUCAACUUCCCAUGGGCUUUUGAGAAAGCUGGGGGAGUGAAUCUUGCCCUAAGCGUGGAAAUGGUUUCCUUGGUGUUCUUAAUAAGUGGCCUAGUGAUCCUGGGAUUUGCCUCAUCAGUAAGUAGGCAAAACACUUAUCACGAUGUGGUGCGUGACGUAUGCGGCCCCAGGAUUGGUCAGCUGUGUGAGAUCUGCUUCGUCUUUAACCUUUUCAUGAUCUCAGUGGCUUUUUUGGUGGUGGUGCAGGACCAGCUUGAGAAACUAUGUGUAUCACUAUACGAGACAGUAACAGGUUCGACUGAAGCAGAGAUGCCGCAUUAUUGGUACAGCGAUCAUCGUUUCGUCCUCUUCAUCAUGUGUCUUAUUAUCAUCUUGCCCCUCUCCAUCCCUAAAGAAAUCGGUAUACAAAAAUAUACUAGUGUUUUAGGGACACUAGCUGCUACAUACCUUUGUGUGGCUGUCAUAGUGAAGUAUUACAUGAGAGGGGACCAAAUUGUUGAUCUUACGCCUGAACACAGUAAAGGGUUAGAAUCAUGGGCUUCAAUGUUCAGUGUCGUUCCUACUAUCUGCUUUGGGUUUCAGUGUCACGAAGCCUGCAUUUGCAUCUACAGUAGCAUGGAGAAUAAAAAAAUGUCUCAUUGGAUAUUUAUUUCUGUGGCUUCUAUGCUCUUCUGUCUCCUCAUCUAUACUCUGACUGGUGUGUUUGGUUUCCUGACAUUUGGACGGGCUGUGGCUUCAGAUAUUCUGAUGUCAUAUCCAGGUGAUGAUGUCACAAUGAUCAUUGCAAGGCUGCUCUUUGGCUUCUCCAUAAUCACCAUCUAUCCCAUAAUUUUGCUGCUGGGCCGGUCUGUGAUCUUGACGCUGAUGCUACGAUACCGUGACCGUACCUCCAUUGUGACAACAGAGUUUGAGCAUCGCUGCCGUGUCAUACUUACAGUGCUUUGGGUGGCUGUGACACUACUUAUUGCAGUUUAUGUGCCAGACAUGAGCGAGGUCAUCAGUGUCAUCGGAGGAAUCAGUGCUUUUUUCAUCUUCAUCUUCCCUGGUCUGUGUCUGAUCUUCACAAUGCAAACAGAGCCACUGUCUUACAGAACUAGGGUACUGUUAACGAUAUGGGGAGUCAUUACAGUGGUUGUUGGUGUGUUCAUCUUUGGUCAGAGUACAACCAUUGCUGUCAUGGAGUUGUUGCACAAAUUCUGAUCCCCUCAUCUCACUGCC